UCCAUUUCGCCGUUUGGGGGGUGGGAGGGAACGGACGAAUCCAUUCGGAAUUGUGGGGUGGAGGGGAACUAUUGUUUUCUAGUUCCGCCCGCCGACCCGGGUCAGUUUGGGCUAUUCCAUGUUUGGUAACGGGGCCGGGUCGGAGAUAUCUGGUUUCGUCAUGUAAUAUUAAGCAAUAAAUUCACUUCUCCUCUUCCCCCCCCCCGGCCACUUGGUACUUUCUGCCCCGCUAGGUUCUAUGAUUAGGCUAGUCUAUUGCGAGGUGCCGGGGGCGGCUUUUGAUAGCUGAUUGCGCCCCUUCCUUUGAAAUUACUUCCUUUUCCAUUCCCGGUCCCUUAACGGGGCUAGAGGUAUUGUGUAGUAGGAGGGCGAGUGUUGCAGGGGAGUGGCUGUUCCUUACAUCUGACUCCCUGCAGCCCCUGGCGCAUUGUGGAUGACUGCGGCGGUGCCUUCACCAUGGGUAUCCUUGGUGGUGGUGUCUUCCAGGCCAUCAAGGGCUUCCGCAAUGCCCCCAUGGGUGUUCAACACCGGCUUCGGGGCAGUGUCAAUGCUGUACGGGUCCGAGCCCCCCAGAUUGGAGGCAGCUUUGCAGUGUGGGGUGGCCUGUUCUCUACCAUCGACUGUGGACUGGUACGGGUGCGGGGCAAAGAGGAUCCCUGGAACUUCAUCACCAGUGGGGCCCUCACAGGCGCUGUCCUCGCAUCCCGCAGUGGCCCUCUGGCCAUGAUGGGCUCAGCCACGAUGGGCGGCAUUCUCCUGGCCCUCAUUGAGGGCUUUGGCAUCCUGCUCACACGCUACACGGCCCAGCAGUUCCAGAACCCCAAUCCCUUUGCAGAGGACCCAAGCCAACUGUCCCCCAAGGAUGGUCCCAACUCAGCCGGCUACCCAGGCUAUAGGCAGUACCAGUGAACCCCUUUUCUUCUCAGGGUGCCAAGAGGGGCUGCUUGCCCCAUGCCCAUAGA